GAAGGUCGCAGAGGAAUGUGGCAUUUGAUCUUGUUAAUCGGCAGCGCAAUGGCCGGUGAAUCCGGACCAGAGUCGCCGCCAGAAUUUUUUGAUACAACGGUCAAAAUUGAGGCACCACUACCUUACGAGGAGGCAUUUCCGACUCCGCUUCCUGGUCUACUGUAUCCUAGAGAAAGUGAAUCCCGAGAGGUAAGAUCGCUCGAUGGAUUAUGGGAUUUCGUUGUUUCACCUGAAGAAGACGUGUUAAAAGGUUUAACGGAAGGAUGGUUUACCGAUAACUUAUCGAGGGUUGGAGAAGUGAUAAAGAUGCCAGUACCCUCAUCCUACAAUGACAUUACAACAUCGAGUAAUCUCAGGGACCACUUCGGUGCCGUAUGGUACCAGAGGACAUUCUUCGUGCCCCUCUCUUGGAAGGAUGAACGCGUUUUCGUCAGAUUCGGCUCCGUUCAUUAUCUCGCACAAGUAUGGGUAAACAAUGCUUUGGUGACCAGACACGAAAUGGGCCAUCUGCCCUUCGAAGCUGAAAUCUCUUCAUUCAUAAUCUACGGUAGCAUGAAUCGCAUUACCGUAGCCGUGGAUAACACUCUGGUGCAAAGUAGCGUGCCUCAGGGUAAGAUCGUGCAGGUGACCACUGACAACGGUACCAAGUAUUUGCAGACCUAUACUUUCGAUUUUUUCAACUAUGCCGGUAUACACAGGUCCGUUUUGUUGUAUACCACGCCACGUAUCUACGUUAAGGACAUCACAAUAAGGACAAACCUGAUCGGUGACAUGGGAAUUGUCAAGUACACCAUAGAAGCGGAUGGUUUAAACAAAGAGGAAAUACUUGUCUGCAAAGUCACGUUGUUAAACGCCGAGGACACUUUAGCCAUCAAGGAGCCUGUUUAUGGCAUGUCAGGUACCCUGAAGGUACCGUUUGCCAGACUCUGGUGGCCCAGGGGCAUGGAUUCCAAGCCAGGAUACCUAUAUACUUUAGAGGUAAGAAUAUCAGUGUCAAACUUCACCAAACCAGAUGUCUAUCGAUUGCCGAUUGGCAUCAGAACACUCGCCUGGACUAAUAGGAGUCUCUUGUUGAACGAUCGGCCAGUGUACAUGCGUGGUUUUGGCAGACACGAGGACUCGGCUAUCAGAGGACGUGGUUUUGACCUCGUCACUGCUGUCAGAGAUCACGAGUUGCUUCAAUGGAUCGGCGCUAAUGCCUAUAGAACUAGCCACUAUCCGUACAGCGAUGAAGUCCUUGAUAUAGCCGACAGAUUGGGUUUCCUCAUAAUCGACGAGUGUCCUUCCGUCGAUACGGAGAACUAUUCGCCGUUAUUACUCAUGCAUCAUAAGGAUUCAUUGUCGGAGCUCAUUCGCAGAGACAAGAAUCGACCUUCCGUAAUCAUGUGGUCCUUGGCAAACGAGCCAAGGACCCAGCUGCCCCAGGCCGAAGAGUACUUCAUGCAGAUUGCUCAUCACACAAAAGCAAUCGAUCCUACCAGGCCGGUUACUAUUGCUCUGGCUCGUGGAGUGCAAGAAGACAAAGCAGGUCAGUUUCUCGACGUGAUCAGCUUUAAUCGUUAUAACGCCUGGUAUAGCAAUGCCGGUAGAAUAGAUAUGAUCAUUGACAGAGUUCAAGGGGAAGCCGAGGCUUGGCACAGAAAAUAUAACAAGCCGGUACUUAUGUCCGAAUACGGAGCCGAUACUAUGCCCGGUUUGCACGAGCUACCGGAAUACGUAUGGAGUGAGGAAUAUCAGAAGGAAUUACUCUCCAAACACUUCGAAGCUUUCGAUCGACUACGACGUGAAGGCUUUUUUAUCGGCGAGUUCAUCUGGAAUUUCGCUGAUUUUCGCACCGCACAAACGUAUACCAGAGUGGGCGGCAAUAAGAAAGGAAUUUUUACAAGAGACAGACAGCCGAAAAUGGCAGCUCAUCACGUUAGAAAAAGAUACCAUGCUCUCGCAGUCGAAUUAGACGGUGCACAGUUACCUGAGGACCUCGAUAACUAUAUUUCUAUUCCCCUCAACACUUAGAACUCUG